GGGGACGAACGACGUUCUGGCCACCCCCCCCCCCCUUCCCCUGGUGUGUGCCACCAAUACCUGCAGCAUGCCGCAGACUCGGACUCGCUCCUUUCGUAGCCAAAUAGGGAAGUACCGGGGGAUGGUGUUGGCAUUUUUUGGUCAGGUAGAUUGCACCAACCACGGAUGAGGCAAGAAGCAGAGACAUGUCUCCCCUGAACAGGACGGAAACAAGCUUGCAGAGACCGUCGUACGGGCCAUGUGUCGAAGUCGAGGUAAAGUCCCGCCCCAGGAAGAUCCUUUUGGAGUUUCCCCCCCUUCUUCUCUUCUUCUUCUUUUUUUUCUUCUUCUUCUUAUCCAAUGUCACCUCCCUAGCGGGCAGCGGUUGCUAGACCUUCCUAGGCCGAGCCUUGAUCCGUUUGUCGUGAUUAUCGCCCGUUGUCGAGCGGCGCCUGAAUCCUCGAGAGGGUAAGUUCGGCAGUCAAACGAUGCAUAUGCGGCGCCGUUUCGGCGGUGAAGUGCCUACUACGUAGUACGUAGUAUACGGUACGAACUAGGCGAAACGAGGUGGACGGGCGCGCGGGAGAACGGGAUGUGCAGUGGGUGGGGGCAGACCAAGGUCACGCCAGAUUGGUCGGCCGGGCUUGUUUUGACGUUGAUGUGUCAGGAACUCAAGGUGAU